AUGUCUUCGUAUAAAAAUGACCAACAGGCUCAGACGAAUCAUCAAAAAACAAAAGUGGUUUUGCAAAGCGCACCGCCAAAAUUGAAGACGUAUAAUCAUUGAAAAAUGACUGAUCAAUCCCAAUCAAACAUAUUGUGCAGCACUUCUGAGGAUGCGGACGACAUGCGCGCACAGCGUGCCCUCGAAGUAAAAGCUAAUGCCGCCGCGAAAGCUGCUGCUCGAGCCGCUGCUCAGGCAGAAAAAGCCGCCCAAACUGCGGAGAAGAAGAAGAACAAGAAACAUUGA